CACUGAGAAUUUAAUAAAAAGUUUUUAUUUUUUACUACUUUCCCCCUAAUAUUUCUAGCAUUUUCAUUAAAAAUGGACAUCAAACCAGUAUUAAGGAGAUUUGGCUAUUUGGUCCGAGCCAUUCUCACAUUUCUCUUCGCUCUUCUGGUACUUGGCGUGAUGCUAUGGGCAUACAUCGAUGGUUUCCAGAUAGCCACAUCCCCAUUUAACAUCAUUACCUUUGGUUUCUACGGGGUGCUUCUCAGCCUUCACGUCCUAAUUCAGAGCUUUUUUGCCUUUGUGGAGCAUCGGCGGAUGAAUGCAAGACGCAAACCAUGCUCUUACACAAAAAUCAUUGGCUUUACUAUAUCAGCCUAUCAGGAGGACCCUGCUUAUCUCCGCGAAUGCCUUCAGUCAGUACGGGCCCUGCAGUACCCAUCUGAGCUGCUACGCAUUGUCAUGGUGGUGGACGGGAACUCAGAAGAUGACCGCUACAUGAUGGAGAUGUUCAGGGAGGUCUUUGCAGACCAGGAUCCGGGCUGUUAUAUAUGGCAGAACAACUACCACUCUUGGAAGCCCACUGGCCAAGAAAAGGAUGCAGCUGAAGCUGAUGGUCCAGAAGCAGAUGAUGAAGUAGUGUUUGAAGACCCUCAGCGCUUAGAGGUUGAAGAACUCAUAAGGACCAAGAAGUGUGUGUGCAUCAUGCAAAAAUGGGGAGGAAAGAGGGAAGUGAUGUAUACAGCAUUCAAGGCACUAGGAUCUUCUGUGGAUUAUAUACAGGUGUGUGACUCAGACACAAAAUUAGACCCUCUGGCUACAGUGGAGCUCUGCAAGGUGCUGGAAAGCAACCAGAAAUAUGGUGCUGUGGGAGGCGAUGUGAUGAUCCUUAACCUUAAAGACUCUUAUAUCAGCUUCAUGAGCAGCCUGCGCUACUGGAUGGCGUUUAACAUUGAGAGGUCCUGCCAGUCCUUCUUUGACUGUGUCUCCUGCAUCAGCGGCCCCUUAGGUCUUUAUAGAAAUGACCUACUGCAGCAGUUCCUGGAAUCCUGGUACAACCAGAAGUUUCUUGGUACCCACUGUACUUUCGGGGAUGACCGGCAUCUCACCAAUCGAAUGCUAAGCAUGGGCUAUGCUACAAAGUACACUGCCCGUUCGAAGUGCUACACGGAGACUCCCGCUCAGUUUCUGCGCUGGCUCAAUCAGCAGACGCGUUGGACCAAAUCCUACUUUCGUGAAUGGCUGUAUAAUGCUAUGUGGUGGCACAAGCACCACCUGUGGAUGACCUACGAAUCCAUUGUCUCAGGCAUCUUUCCUUUUUUUGUCACUGCCACCAUUAUCAAGCUCUUCUGGACAGGCACUCUGUGGGACAUUUUGUGGGUCUUGUGCUGCAUCCAGUUGAUUGGUCUGAUAAAGGCAGCCUAUGCCUGCAUCCUACGACAAAAUGCAGUGAUGCUCUUUAUGUCCUUAUACUCUGCUCUCUAUAUGACCAGCCUCCUGCCUGCCAAAUACUUUGCCAUUAUCACCAUGAACAAAAGCAGCUGGGGGACAUCGGGCCGGCGUAAGAUGGUGGGGAACUAUAUCCCCCUGGCACCUCUAUCAGUGUGGGCGGCGAUCUUGUUGGGAGGCCUGGGGUACACAAUCUACAGGGAAAGCAUUAAGACUUGGACAACAGAUGAAAGAAAGAAAGAGGAGAUCAAGUUUUUGAUAUUUGGAGCCACAGCUUAUGUGUGCUACUGGCUUGUAAUGCUCUGCCUCUAUUGGAUGUGGUUUCGGAGAUUAUUCCGAAAACGUUCACAGAGUUACACUGUGAAUGUAUAGGACUAUUAUUUGGCCACAUUAUUUAUUUAGGAACACUUGCACAUUUUUAUUUUUAAAUGGUUUACAUGCAAUUUUAUUUAUAGACUGUUUUUAAACUUGUAAUUUUAUUUAUGAUUGUUUUUUUUUUGGUAUUGCACAUAUUUUAUGCAAUUUAUGAUGCCUAUAAGUAUUCAGAGAUCAGAAAUGAUGUGGAAGCGACCAGCCUUUAAGAAAUAUAAUGACUAUAUGAAAUGUGCGAAAAGCAAUCAUACAGAGUCAACAUUGAUGCUGUACAUUUUUAAAUUUAUAAAAUAUACAAUUGAACCCAAAUAACAGAAAUAUGUUAUUAGUGAGGGAAUUUGAACAUAGCAGUGUACAUCAAUGAGCUUACUGAAAUGAUAUUCUUAUUUUGUUGAAACACUAAGACAUCCUGUUACACAUUAUUUAUAGAACAUAGAUAAGUAGAUACUACACAGUUAGUAGCACUGAUCAUGUGAUAUUCAUGAUAAUUUAGGAUUUGUUAUUUUCAGAAUGACUACUAAGAAAAAUAUGACACAUAUUUCAUGACAAAUAAUCGUGCAGGUUUUUCCAAAUGUUUUUAUUUAUUUUAUUUUAUUUCAUUUUAUUUUUCAUGAUGAGUGUUGAUUUAAAAUAUUUGUUAAUCCUUUCUGAUGUAAUGUGACGAAUUGUAUUUUUAUGUUGUCUUUUAGCACGUGAAUAGAAUAUGUUGAGUAUGUAUAUUUAUUGAUAAAUUCUUUUGACAGCAAUAUUGUGUAAAAGUGAACUGACAAAUGUUUGUUAUUUAAACAAAACAAGAGAUUAAAUAAAUUAUUUUUAAAGGAAAAUGUGCUGAACUUAUUUUAAACAUCUCUGUUUGACAAAAUUCUACCAUGAAUUAUUAUCCGAUUAAAAUAACUAUAUGUAGACAAUAUAAAAGUAAAUAUUUAAUAUUUUGCACUGCUGGAAUGACCUCAGCAUUUAAAAUGCAGAUCUAGUUUGGAGAAAAAAUAAUAGUCAUACUUUAAUUU